AUGAACGUGAACCGCCUUAACUUCUGGCAGGUCUUGCCUACGGCCCUGGAGGCCAUCGCCGACGCCGAAUACGUUGCGUUCGACCUCGAGAUGACAGGCAUCUUCACUAGACGGGACCAUAGGGUGGCUGACCCGACGCUCGAAGACGUCUACCGACAGGCCAGAGAAGUCGCCAAGACGUACCAGAUUCUUCAGUUCGGCCUCACCUGUUUCCACUACGACGGCCAACUCCAAGGAUACCGAGCGCGGACCUUCAACUGCGACCUCUCUCCCAUGUUCGUGGGGAGCACGCCGGCCGACAAGGUGCUCGCCAAGACGACGGACCGCACCGUCUCCUUCUCGUACAGCUCCAUGCUGUUCCUGCAGUCCCACGGCUUCUCCUUCGAGAGGGCCUUUGCUGGCGGUAUCCCCUACCUGAGCCGAACCGAAGCCCGCGACGCCAGCGGGGUCUACCUCAAGAAUAAUCCGCGAGACGUGCAGGCUAACAUGGUGUUCGACGUUGAGGGUGCUGACAUGGAGACUCGUAGGUUCUACGCUGCCACUCGGACUAAGAUAUCGGCGUGGCUAACCCAAGAAUCCGACUCGCUUCAAUUUGUCAACAUCUCGAAUCCGUACGGAGGGAGAAUGACUAGCCUCCAGAUCAAGCUCAUCUACCAGCUUGUCGAGACCGAGUUCAGGAUGUGCCGUGCCUUCACCAGAAACAACAACGAGCUCAUGCAGGUCAUCGAGCUUGAGGUUGAGAGUGACCAGAGGUACUGGAAACAAAGACUCGACAGACGGCAAGAGGCACUGGCCCGACAAACCGCAUUCCGAUAUAUUGUCGAGGCCCUCACCGGGGGCGAGUUUGCGAAUGAGAUAGACGCCGUGCUCAGCCUAGGCUGGCCUGUGGGCGCGAACGGGGGUCUGCCGGGCGUCAGAGAAAGACUCCGGGCGCUCGAGGCGAGACUGAAGCGGCGGCCGCCGGUACUAGUCGGCCACAACCAGCUCUACGACCUCUGCUUUCUGUACCAGGCCUUCGUCGGGCCCCUGCCCGCCAACGCUGCCGAUUUCAAGACGGAGAUCCACCGGCUCUUUCCCCGCAUUGUCGACACCAAGCACCUAGCGUCCUCGUGGCCCCCCGGGGCAGCCAAGCAGCCGGUGGCGGGCAUGGUGGCCGACAAGAACCUGGGCGAGCUGUACGGCGAGGUCGCCCGCCAGGCUCUCCCGUCGUUCUGGUCCGACCACGGCUUCGGCUACGUGGCGGGCCCGGGCUCUGCCCGCGCCCACGAGGCCGGCUUCGACAGCUUCAUGACUGCCGUCGUCUUCACCAAGCUGUCCCUCGCCAAGCUGCGCGACGAGCCGCAGGCCAGGGUGUUACCGCUGAGCAUAAGCGGCGGCGGCGGCGGCGUCCACAACAUCAUGAUGGCGAGACCAAGCCAAGAUCCAACAGCGACAGCACGUUCGCUGUCGCUGUUUUCAGAACUCAACCCGUUUGCGGCCAAGCCUGGUCGUCCCCCCAUGAGCACUGGAUGCGCAGCAGCAGUCUCAGAAGGGGGCUGGGAAAAGCUAGACGGCACGGCGGCGGCGGACGUGCGCCGCUUAUGCUGCCGUGGCCGCAUCCCAGAGUGGGAGACGCCGUUUUGGGCACGGUACGGGAACAAGCUCCACUGGCGCAGCGGCGAGUCCUGGACCUUGCCUAGGUAG